GACUGAACGACUGCGCAGUGUUUGACGCCGCCGUGUGACAUUAUGUUUGAGUACUUUCGUUAAAAUCUCCGUUAAAUCAUUUCCGCUGCCUGCUGCCUGCUAACGUUAGCUCUCGCGCGGAUGCUAGUUGCUGUUAGCGACGAGCUAACGCUCAUGUUUGUGUUUUUUUAAGUGUCGUAUCUUCACAACAUUUGAUCCAUUCAAAGAGAUAAACCUCUCUGUGGCUUAACGCUACACAUAUUAUAUUAAAACGCGGCAAUAUGGACUAUCAUAACCAUCCGUUUGCCCUUCUUGAUGACCGAUAACCUGAGCUCAUCUCCUCAAACUGUUGACGUGUGUUUGAUGUUACACAUUUCACUGUUAUGAUACUUUGCACUGACCGAGCUGCCACAUACACGAGUCAAAUAUGAUUUUUAAAUGACAUCUGGUCGCUUACAUUAAACAGCUGGCUGGAGCUUGACUCGUUUGCAUCCUUUACAUCUCCUCCAGGUAUCAUCUUGUAGCUGCAUGUAUCUGUAUGUACAUGGCUCACCUUGUUGUAGGUUAUAUUCUGAAAGUGGCCUGCACACUUUUGAAUGAAUGAAAUGUUUGGUACAUAGUAGGAAUAGGACUUGUGCAAGAUAUACUUCUUUUAAGUAGCAAGAAGCUUCCACUACAUACAUAGAUGUUACUGGGUGCUACAGUCUGCUCAUGUUGAUGUGAUUAAACAAAGGAUUUGAUAGAUAGGAAUGAUCAAGAGGUGCACAUGUGAUCAGAAGACAUACAAUGACUGGAUGAAGAUCAAAUAGAUCCCAGCUGACUGGAUAUCCACUAGUAUCCUUGACAUUUAGUUCCCUUUUUUUUUGUUUGUUUACAUCCUAAACCUCUUUAAAAGGUGGCAGGGAGCUGUUACCGUGGAGCGUCUUUGUGCACCAUUUGGAUAUCAUGUGAUAUGCUGGUCGCACAGUGGGAGACAGGACGUGGAUUUAAAAACUGAUACUGGAGUGGAGUUGAGCAAUACAUCUGUCGUGUCGUUUAAAUUAUUGACUAUCUCGCUCCCUCAUAAAUAAUCCAACAUGUUAUCAUCGUAAGGCCGUGAGAGCUGAGUCUUUUGAAUUAAAUGGAUACAAAGUCCCCGCACGAGAUAAAGCCAAAGUAGAAACAGAAGUGGGGAGAGCCUUUGAUCACUUUGCACGUAUGAUGGGACUUGAUGUUUCUGCUCUUAUAGCUGAGAGGACUAGUGAUGAGGGGGCGACACACUGAGUCUAUUCAGAGUGAGGGACUCAGCUUAAAAGAGAGACAGAGCUUCAUCUGUAAGGUGUGGGUGGAGCUCUGCCCUCUGGCUUUUCUACUCUCAGUUUCUCUGUGACAGCCGAGCCGUGGAGGUUUUUCAUCAGAUUCAGCAAUAGGUGUUGUUUCCUGUAGCCAGCUAUGGCACCCGGGGAUGUGGUGCCAGACCAUGCCAAGCAGCUGAAGUCCAAGGAGAAGCGACCUGGAAACAGGGCCUCGAAAGCAGACUGUGAACCUGAUGGGUCCUUUGUCUUUGAGGCUCACGAGGCUUGGAAGGACUUCCAUAACUCCCUCAGGCAUUUCUACGAAGUCGGAGAGCUCUGCGACGUCACGCUGAAGGUUGGCAGUAGGUUGAUACCAUGUCACAAGCUAGUGCUGGCUUGUGUGAUCCCUUACUUCAGGGCCAUGUUCCUGUCCGAGAUGUCUGAGGCUAAACAGGAACUAAUAGAGAUCAAGGACUUUGAUGGUGAUGCCAUCCAGGACUUGGUGCAUUUCGCCUACUCCUCCAAGCUCACAUUAACUGUAGACAAUGUCCAACCACUGCUUUAUGCUGCCUGCAUCCUUCAGGUGGAGUUGGUGGCGCGAGCCUGCUGCGAGUACAUGAAGGCCCACUUUCACCCCACCAACUGCCUGGCGGUUCGCACUUUCGCCGAGAGCCACAAUCGCGUGGAUCUGAUGGACAUGGCCGACCGCUACGCCUGCGAACACUUCACCGAGGUAGUGGAGUGCGAGGACUUUACAUGCGUGUCCCCCCAGCACUUGCGCACUUUAUUGUCCUCCAGCGACCUCAACAUCCACUCGGAGACACAGGUGUACAAUGCGGCGGUGAAGUGGCUGAAAGCAAACCCGCAGCACCACGAGGCCUGGCUGGACCAGAUCAUGUCUCAGGUGCGCCUCCCCCUGCUCCCUGUCGAGUUCCUGACUGGAACUGUGGCUAAAGACGAGAUGAUCAAAGGUAACCUGAGUUGUCGUGACCUGAUGGAUGAAGCCAGGAACUACCACCUGCACCUCAGCAACAAGGUGGUGCUGGACUUUGAGUAUUCAGUCCGUACAAUACAGCGGAAACACACUGCAGGGGUUUUGUUCUGCGUGGGUGGCCGGGGGGGUUCUGGUGACCCAUUUCGCAGCAUCGAGUGCUACUCCAUCACAAAGAACAGCUGGUUCUUUGGCCCUGAAAUGAACAGCAGACGCCGUCACGUGGGUGUGAUAUCCGUAGGCGGUAAAGUUUACGCUGUCGGGGGCCACGAUGGCAACGAACAUUUAGGCAACAUGGAGAUGUUUGACCCUCUCACCAACAAGUGGAUGAUGAAAGCCUCCAUGAACACCAAGAGGAGGGGCAUAGCCCUGGCAGCUCUCGGUGGUCCUAUCUAUGCUAUCGGAGGUCUGGAUGACAACUCCUGCUUCAACGACGUGGAGCGCUACGACAUCGAAAGCGACUGCUGGAGCGCUGUGGCUCCGAUGAACACCCCCAGAGGAGGAGUGGGAUCUGUAGCACUGGGGAGUUUUGUGUACGCGGUGGGAGGCAACGACGGCGUGGCGUCGCUGUCCAGUGUGGAGCGCUUCAACCCACACCUCAACAAGUGGGCGGAGGUCAGCGAAAUGGGCCAGCGUCGGGCUGGAAAUGGAGUCAGCAAACUCAACGGCUGCCUCUAUGUAGUUGGUGGUUUUGAUGACAAUUCACCUCUGAGUUCGGUCGAGCGCUUUGACCCGCGAAUGCACCGCUGGGAGUACGUGUCCGAGCUGACCACCCCCCGCGGUGGAGUCGGCGUGGCGACUGUGAUGGGAAGAGUGUUCGCAGUCGGGGGUCACAACGGGAACAUCUACCUGAACACAGUGGAGGCUUUCGAGCCUCGAAUGAACAGAUGGGAGCUGGUGGGUUCAGUGUCUCACUGCCGUGCCGGAGCAGGAGUGGCUGUCUGUUCGUCUCACGUCAGCCAGAUAAGGGACGUCGGCCAGGGCUCCAGCAACGUGGCCAAUUGCAUGUGACCUCCAACCCUUUUAAUGCCAGGCGACCGGCUGCCCAGGUCACCAUCAGAUCUGAUCACCGCACAAGCACACGACACGAAGCACACAGACAGCGACAGAGUGACGUCGCCCAGCAGCUUUUUUUACUGUCGCCACUGUCUCAACAUCAGCUUGAAACACGUUCAGGCAGAGGUUCAGUUUGCACACAGUGAUUGAGGGAGGAGCUUUUAAUGACUUGAAGUACACAUCUGACAAAUCUGAAGUCUUCUCUGACAAAAUGACACGUUCAAGAUGUUUCUUGACUCCUGCUGGUGUUAUUUGCAAUCAGUGAUGUAGUAUUUUGUACUGUAUUUUCUUCUGUUUGACUGCCUUGCCAUAGUUUUGACUUUUUUUUUUAAGGGAAAAUAUUAGCUGAGCCUUGUAUUUAAUACUAUCGCCUUGAGACUGAGAGAUGAGUUUUGGUUCAGGACUACUAGAUUAACUGCACAUGAGCAUGGACUUUUAUCAUGGGCCAGUAUGAAAUCAUUUCAGAGAGUGUCUCUGUUUUUUAGCUCUGCAGUUGUUUCCAAUUUUCCAGAGAGAGACGUGCUCAUACUGGAUUCAACCCCUUGUUUGCAGUGCAGCGUGUGCAGUCGAGAUGCAAGUAUUCUCAUCAGCCUCUCCGAAAUAUGAUGUUAAGAUGUCAAAUACAUUUCCGAGAUUUCUGCAAUCUCAUGCCAAGCGAAAGCAUCCGUUAGACUUUUUAAAAGAGCUUUUCAGAAAUAUUCCAUUAGCAGCUCCAGCUGCAGUAAGCUGGAUCGUAAUCCCGGCUGUUCUAGUUUUUUUAGGGAUUUGCCUGUAAUCGUGUUUGAACAAUCAUUUUAAGGCUAACUGGGACAAAUCAGUCACUGGUCAGGAGGUGACGGGUCUGAGGAAUUUUAACCACUGCAAGUGCCAAAAAACGCAAAACGAGCGUGGUUCAACCGCCUGCUGAAUCCUGAGUCGUCACCUUCACCUCGACCUCAGAGAGUUUUGAUGACGAUAAACCUGAGUGUCGAUGACUGAUCAGAGCAAUAUGACGCGCCUCUCCAGUUCUUCUUCAGUUUCACAUUAUUGUAUAGAAAUCUGUUCAAACGGGACAGAUUUACAAAUUCGAGAUUUGUGUUUGACGAUAGCUGGACUGUCAGAAAUCCUAAUCAGAGUGCUUUCAGAUGUGUGUGAGAUUCAGCCGAGGUUCGUCUCUGCAGAAGGUUACGUUAUAUUUUAAUAUAUGGACAUUUUGUAUAAUAAGAUAGGUGUAUCUUUGGUAUUCUUCUUUACUAGACUAUCUAAUCCAUUGCUGUGCACUAUUUUCCUAGAAUAGAUGUGAAGUCUGAGUAUAUUUUUGUCCUCAAUGGAGAAUUUCAUGUUGUUCAUGUUUGAAGAUGUUUAUUUAACAUUCAUGCCUGUUUCUAAGAAAAAUGUAAUAAUUUCUGGCAAGAGUUUUAAGAAUAGGCUGACAGAGUUUAAAACACAAAUGCUAUAUACUGUUUAUACUAGAAAUAUACAUACUGCACACUUUGUGUCCUGCCGGUAUUAAUACUAAUGCAUAUUAUCAACAAAAUAUGAUCAAUAUUGUUGCCCGACUUUGUUAGUAAAUGAGCCAGACACCGAGUCUUUUGUAAACUUUACUGUACUUUGUGUUCUUCCUCCUUUUGACUGCUUCCAUAUUUUGCUUUUUAUUUACAUGUUAUUGGUAUAAAUUGGUACAAUAAAGUUAUGUGUAAAGUU